AUGAAACGCGCAGCGCCCGCUGUGCUUGAGCUCGGCACUGAAUUUGAAUGACAACCUGUGAUAGUUUCUUUCAUAUACUUAGGGCCCAGCGUACUUUUGUUCACCAAAUGCAAAACUGCGAGCGCUACUCGCACUGCUGCUGCAUGGAAUGCAGAUGCCAGGACCGCGCUUGACCCAAGUACAUAAGAAAAGCACGUCUAUCAUGUUUGCAUAGGUCUGCAGAGUCCCUGCGCUUCGGGGUCGGGAUGGCUGCAAACGCCCUGCCGGGGCUGCAGGCGCGCAGGCGGGUGGCACUGCUACUCGAGGAGGUGCAUGCAGACAGCAGUACCACCACGCAAACACGAAAGGCACUGGCGCUGUUGAAUGCGAAGCCGUCGGUCGACACGUACAUGUGGAAGGCCGGGUGGCGCCUCCGAUCGGUGUUCCGAGCCGUGAAGGGCAGACCUAAGGCGGAGGAGGACGACGGCACGGGGGCGGAGGCUGUGGCGGAGGCGGAGGCGGGCACGGAUGGGGCUGACCCGGAAGAUGGCCUGGAGCUUGCCGGGGUAGCUGAGGUGCCGUACGAGAACCAGCACGCGGGGCCCGUGGAGCUGCUGGCAGGUGCCCUGGCCAGCCACGCCACCGCUGCCCAACUGGACAAGCUGUGGGAUGCGCUGGAGUUGGCGGUGGAGGUUUCCAAGUCCGGGACGAUGGUGCUUGGGGGCCCCCGCCGGGAACACGUGUUCGGCCUGACAAGCCUGCGGGAGGAGGUGGGCCGCCUGCACGGCGUGCUGCAGGAGGUGGGUCGCCUGACACAUCGCGUGUUGGAUUUGGAGCCCCGGGCCCUGCGGCGUGUGUGCCUGCUACGGUCCGGCCACCCACAGAACUGCCGAUUCGGCACCGACGACAUAUGCCUGGGCCCACACACGUCACGCAGCAAGGGCGAUGGCGACAGCAGUGACCGCAGACAAAAUGGCGCCAGGGACAGCAAUAGUGAAAGCGAACGCGGGCGUCGCGAGGGCGGCGCCAGCAGUGCCGCGGGCCGCAGCGGUUGGCCUGCCAGGGCGGCCGAGGCAGCAGACUCAGAGGCACGGCUGGACGCGUACCCCACUGCCAGUGGAAGCGGGGAGAAGCAGCAGCCACAGAAGAAUGCCGCAGAGGGCGCUAGCGGCAGCAGCAGCGGCAGCUGUGGUGGUGGCGAGGACGGGGGCGGGGGUGACAGCCGCGGCGGUGUCACCGACCGCGACGGCGCCGCUGGAAAGCAUACGGGCCAAGUGGGAGGCGACGAUGACGUUGUGCUGAGCGACGAUGGGAACGCAGCUGCUGGCGGGGAGGCUUCGGAGGCGCAGGCAGAGGCGGAGGCUACAGAGGCGGAGCGACGGGCUUGGGAGGAGCGGGAGGCAGUGGUGAAGGCUACCGCCGGGUGGUGUCUGGGCUCCAUUGUGAUGCUGCUACACCAGGGUGUUGACUUCCGGGGUGUCAUGUACCGACUGUCGGGCUCCAAACUGCUGGGCGGCCUCCAGGACAUCGCCAGGACCUUGCAGUACCAGCUGCGCAAGACGGCGCAGCUGCAGGUGGGGGCGCCUGGCGAUGGCGGCGCCGGCGCCGGCGGCGGCGAGCGGACGCAGUCAGCGGUGUUGUUCGCGCACACGGUGCAUUUGCAACUGGUGCUCCUGCGCGAGCUCGCCAGCCAGCACGUGUCGCUGCAGCUGUUCGAAGUGCUCAACAGCUACUGCCGAGACGGCUGGCUGUCGACAACUGCGAAAGCCGCAGUUGCAACAGCCGCAGCUGCUGGCCCUGCACCCGCCGCGCCUGCCGCCCCUGCCGCGCCCCCUUCGCCGUGGGCGCAAAGCUCGCCGCGCGAGCUACUUUUGGAGCUAUACGCGCGGUCCACGUUGGAAAUAGAACUGCUGUCAUCGCGUCUCGUCAUGCGCCAAGCGAAAUUUCAGAACCUCGGAGCGCAAGCCGUACCUGAUAUCGAGCAGGCGGUGGAGCAGGCGGCAAAGCAGCAGAAAGCGACAACUAAGGAACUGGACCGACAGUUUUCCAGGCUGGGUCGCAUGCCGCUGCUGCACCAGCUGGCUCGCGCCGCGCUGACCGCCGAGUUGGACGUGAUGCGGGGCAGGGUCAGCGCCGCGCGGGACGCCUACAGAAAGGCGGCGAAACAGGCGGAGGUGGCGGCUGCGGUGGCAGCAGCUAGGGCUGGGGCUGGGGCUGGGGUCAGCGGCCCUGCGGCGGAGGCGGCGGAGGCGGCUGAGCAGCAGCGGCUGCAGGCGCGGCAACCGCUAGUGGUGGCGGAGGCGGAGCAGCACGUUCACGAGGUGCUGAUGAAGCUGUGUGACUGGCAGGACAAGGUGCGGCAGCAAAGCUGCGAGCGCCAGCGGCUGCGUCAGCAGCGCAGGGCGGCGACUAAGGCGGCGGUGACGGCGGCCGCGCUUGCCAUGGAGGCCGCAAGGCUUGACGAGCAAGACGGCGGCACUGCCUCGGUCGGGGCUGGGCAGGACGGCAAGGGCCUGAGCGAGAGGGCGCAGCUGCUAGACCGUAUGAUUCCCAGGCAUACACGUGGCGCCGGCGGCGUUGUGGAGCAGCAGGCGAACGGGGCUGGCGGCAGUGGCAGCGGCGGUUCAGACGGCGAUGAGUCGGACGACAGCGAUGAGGAAAGGGCGGAGUGCUGGAUGAACGCUGAGCGCGAUCCGCUGCGGCUUCGUGUGGAGCCUGGCAGCUUCACCGCCACAGAAGCUGCGAGCGGUGGGGCUCCUGUGCAUGCCACAGGGCUGCUGAGUGCCGACGGAAGCGUCAGCACCUUCACUCGGAUGGCGGCGCUGUCGGCGGACCACGUCCAGGGCCCCAGGUGGUGGAGCGACCAGUGGCAGAACCUCGUGUUGGCGUGGCCGUGCGGCGUCGUGCCGUGCACCUUCGGAAGCAUGGCGUUGUAUGGCGCGGACGAGAAGGGCGGCGAGGGCGGGCGACUGCCGGCAGAGGGAGCCCCGGCGGGAGCAGGGCCAGCGGCAGCGGCAACGGGCGGAGCAGGAGAAGCCGCAGGCGAGGGCGGUGGUGGAGGCGGGGGCUGCGGCGCGGCGGGCGUGCAGCCGGCGCGGCGGCGGCAGGACGCGGCUAAGCUGAUGAUGACCAGCAUUCAUAACCUUGUGUACGGCGUGGAGGAGGGCCUACCGUUUGUGGCCCUAGGGUCGUACACCCUGGCGCUGCUGCUGCGCCACCUGCUACAGCUGCAGUCGUCCCGCGCUACUCCGCAAGUGCUACAGCCCACAGCCAUCCGCGCACCCGGCCGGCACACGCGAGAGGACCCGCACUCGCUGCCGGAGGGCUCAGAGCCGUGUGUGGUCCUGGCACAGCUCGGAUACGUCCCAGAUUUCGGAAUCGACAAAAGGCCCCGCCCCGUGCGGGAGUACGUGCACGCAGCCUCCCCUGCUACAGCCGGCAGUAGCAGCUUCGCGGCGGCAAAGGCCAGCAGUGGCGGCAAGGGCGAUGGUGUUGGCCGCCAACAACAACAGGAACAGCGCCAACAGCUCACAAACGACUUGAGGACAUUCAUCUCAGAGAGCCUGGACGAGGACGGUUACGUGAAGCUGCUCUGCAUGUCGUGCGAGGAAGUUGCGGGCGCUGUGUUAGCCAUCAGCCAGGUACGGCAGGCGCGGCGGGCGGAGGCGGAGGCGCUCGCGGCUGUAGCGCACAGGGCGGCCCCAAAGGGCUUAGCAUCCUCGGGGGUGGCAGCUGCACGGCUCGACCAGCUCCGAAAAGAGAUUGGCUUCGCCGUGGUGAUUCCAUCCGAGACCAAGGUCAUUACCAGGAGCCCGUUGCUCAGCCUGAAGGUCAAGCCCGAUGACCCCAACUUUGACACCACUAUGGCCGGCGAGUUGAUGCUCAUGGUGAUGCUGCUGUCGGAGGUCGACGUCAAGGCCCGGCGCGUCAAGGCGUCGGUGAUGGAUCAGCUGGAGCUGGAGCGGGAGCUAGGCGGCUCAGUGGCCGUCGGCACGGGGCGGGGCCUAGCAGCUGCGGGCGCGUCAGGGGCACACGGCUCGGGGCGGGUGGGGCGGGUGGUGGGGCGGAGGGCCUAGCGCGAACAUGGCUGGCACGGCUACAGCCGCCAAGGCUGCUGCAGUCCAUCCCAGCUGGGGCUGAGCGCCCAGUGGGUGGCGCGGCUGGGCGACUGAUGGCGGCCCUGUCGGGGAUGGUGAGCUCAGCGGCGCGCGGCGCCCGCCGUGUGCCGUUGGCGCCGCCCGCCGUGUGCCGUUGGCGCUGGCGGCCGCCACGGUGAGCAGCGCGGGGGCAGGCGCGCUUUUGCUGCUACAUGUACCCAUCCCUGUGUGUGUGCGUGUGUGUGUGUGUGUGUGUGUGUGUGUGUGUGUGUGUGUGUGUGUGUGUGUGUGUGUGUGCGUGUGUUUGUGUGUGUGCGUGUGUGUGUGUGUGUGUGCGUGUGUGUGUGUGUGUGUGUGUGUGUGUGUGUGUGUGUGUGCAGGCAGGCAUAGCCUGACGUGUAGUGCCUAAGCGUGUGUUUGACCAUUGAAUUGAAGAAUGACAAGACACCUGAGUGAGUGUUAAAUGCAAAUGUAUGUUUGUGAGGAAGACGCGGACCGCGCACGGCGUUGUAGCACUAGGGUGGGUUAUUGUUUGGGCGGCUUCAUCGUGCGGCGGUCAAGACAAACAUGUAUGAUUGUGCGCUCCAGGGGCCGUGCAUGGGUUUGGGGGCUUGUGCUUGCUUUGCUUGUGCAUGUCUGAGCGCACGUGUGUGUAUUUCAUUUGCGUGCUCAAGAGCGGCUUGCCUGGAAGUUCUCUGGGAACUGUGGUUGCGUGAGUGAAGACAUUUGAGGGGGAACGAGGGCAUGGCACUCGGGGAAUACGGAAUCCGGACGCGGGGAAGGAGGUGUCAUCGUGCCAUGGCGGCGGGCAUUGUCGGUACUUGACUACGCUUGCAAGUCGAGAUACAGCAUUCUUCAACAUGCGAUGCAAAGUACAGCGCUGUUUACU